AUGUCAAUCUCAAUUGGCGCCAUGCGAGGCCUCUUGUGCUCCUCUCGAUGCGCCUCCAUCGCAACACUGCCGUCCCGUGUAGUUCGACAGUUUUCCUCUUCAGGGACCCUGCUCUCCCCGAAACCAGCCAAAGCCUCCAGCAGCUCCAUAUCAAUCCGAGGCGGCACAUACAACGCUGAUCCCGCGUGGUUCAAUGUCCCGUCGAAUGUAUUAGACGCCACGUCGCGGAGGUUACACCUCCAAAAGGAUCAUCCUGUGUAUAUAACCCGACAGAUCAUCGAGUCGAAUUUUCCCUCGCCCACAUACAAGUACUACAACGAAUACAACCCCGUCGUGUCAACACACCAAAACUUUGACUCUCUUGGCUUUCCGCCAAACCACCCAGGGCGAGCCCUGUCCGAUACCUACUACAUAAACGAAAAGACUCUCCUCCGAACACACACGAGCGCACACCAGGCCGACACUUUCCGAGCGGACGAGAGCGACGGUUACCUCAUUUCAGCGGAUGUAUACCGGCGAGAUGCCAUUGAUCGAAGCCAUUACCCCGUCUUCCACCAGAUGGAGGGAGCAAGGUCCUGGGAUCGGAGCAGGGUCCCCAAUGGAGAUGUAGCCGCUGCUGUGCGGGCUGACUUUGAAACGCUACCCAAACACAGUGUAGACGUCGAGGACCCCAACCCUCCCUACCACGGUGAACGCAACCCGCUGCAAGAUUGCCACUCGGCUGCCGAGGCGCAGGCCAUCGGAGAGCACCUCAAGAGAUCGCUAGAGAACAUGGUCGUUGACGUAUUCUCCAGAGCCAAAGCCGCGGCGCUGCGGGAGGAUCCCACCUUUGUCGACGAGGCACUGCGUAUGCGCUGGGUGGAGGCCUAUUUCCCAUUCACGAGUCCCUCGUGGGAACUGGAAGUUUACUAUGGGGGAGACUGGUUGGAGGUGUUGGGAUGUGGCGUGGUUAGACAAAGUCUCUACAACAAUGCCGGCGUGCCGUCACAACUGGGAUGGGCCUUUGGUAUUGGCAUCGAUCGCAUCGCCAUGCUGCUGUUCAAGAUUCCCGACAUUCGGCUCUUCUGGUCCCAGGAUCAGCGUUUUCUCUCACAGUUCACGGGCGUGUCUGACAAACUCGAUAAGCUCAGGAGGUUUGUCCCAUUCUCCAGGUACCCUCCCUGCCCCAAGGAUGUAUCUUUUUGGCUGGCGUCGACAUCACCCGCCGGAGGAAACACAAGGGGCAGCUUCCACGAGAACGAUGUCAUGGAAAUCGUACGCAACGUGGCUGGUGAUGUAGUCGAGGAUGUGAGACUCAUUGAUGAGUUUGUGCAUCCAAAGACUGCUCGCAAGAGCAUGGCUUAUCGCAUCGUCUACCGCAGCCUGGAACGAACCCUGACAAACGAACAAGCCAACAAGUUUCACCGAGGUGUGCGGGAGGCUCUAGUCAAGGAACUAGGUGUUGAACUUCGCUGA